CCGUCUUUAGCGGGGAAGCUUCGAGAGCUCGAUAAGAAAUUCUUCAAAUCGCAAAGCAAUAGUAAAACCGAAGACUGAUCCUGCCGCCAUCACCGGAUAAUCUGUCGCAACCGUGACUUUGCCUUGCAUAAUGGCAAACUUUCGGCAAUUCGUUCCCAGCGACCUCAGCAAGCUGUCCAAGUGCAACCUUGACCCCUUCACCGAGACCUACGACCUUUCCUUCUACCUACAGUACCACGCCAAGUGGCCGUCUCUCUUCCAGGUUGCCGAAGACCAGCAUGGCAACAUCAUCGGCUACAUCAUGGGAAAGCUUGAGUCCUCGCCGGACAUCUACAAAUACUCUGAACACUAUCUACCAUGGCACGCGCACAUCACGGCCGUGACCGUCGCCCCCGAGGCGCGCAGGCUGGGGAUCGGCAAGCUGCUGUCGCAGCAGCUCGAGGCGGCUGCCGACGCGGGCGAUGCCUGGUUCGUCGAUCUGUUUGUUCGCAAAUCCAACCACAAGGCUAUCCGGUUCUACAAGAGCAUGGGUUACAGCGUCUUCAGGGUUGUCAAGGACUACUACGGUGACCACUCGAGCGACCCGACGCUCGACUCCGAGGAUGCCUACGACAUGCGGAAACCGUGCGCGCGUGACGUCAAGCGCAAACAUAUACGCGAUGAUGGCGAGAACCACGAGGUAAACCCCGAGGAUGUUUGGUAGACCGACCUCGGACAGCGGUCGGACUCUUCGCCACAUGAAGUCAUCUUGUCAGCUUGGUUUUCCCACUAUUCGGUACGAAAAGGUCACCUGCAGAAUAACUGAGGCAGAUGUGUGCUGUGAAGCAAGACUAUCGUAUUAUUGAAAAGAAUUUCCAAGAUACAUGUAGGCGGCAUUGACUUUCUGCCAAUUCAGGAGGAAAUGAUGAGGAAGCUAAUUCUUCAAUAAUGCCAGAGUCCAGGGGUAUAGAGGUGCAUCGGAUGAAUUCGCAUUAUGUAAAGUGCGAUAAAAGGGAGCAGCUGUGUCGCUGGCAUUGUGAUGUAUAGAGCUAGCUGGACUAGACAGCUUCUCCUCGGAACAAACUUGCUCGCUGGCUAAAUGCUUAAAAAGUGAUUAAAAUGAGAUAGAUGAUGUGUGUGGAGUGAGGCAAACGAUUCAUAUCCAAGCA